GUGGUGGUGGUGGUGGGCCGCGGCGUCUCCCCCGCGAAGCGAGGCCACAACAACAACCACCACCACCACAACAACCACAACAACAACCACCACCACAACAACCACCACCACAACAACCACAACAACAACCACCACAACAACCACCCUCACCCUCUCAUCCAUCUCACGCGAAGACGACCAAAUCCUCCGGAUCGCCGUUUGCUCCCGGAGAGUCCUCUGCACGCCCCGCGCACCCACCCAGUCGUCUCUAAAACUCAACGUCGAGCGAUCCUCUCCUUCACGCGCGUGAACACAUCGCCGUGCGCUGCUCGUCACCUCCGAUCGCGUCGUCCACCGCCGGCAGCAGCGGACGAGCGACCCCCCCCCCCCCCCCCCAACGCGCCAUGGACAGCGACGGGGAACGCGCGGUCGAUGAUCGGGGAGGCAGCCCCGGCGAGCGGGGGAGCCCUGACAGGGACCGCGACGAGAGGAUCAAGACCGAGCCCGAGGAUGAAUGGACGGAGGCGCCGCUGAUCGAGGAGUCUCGCGGCGGCGGCGAUGACGAUAGCUUGGCUGCGCUCGAUGGAGCGUCGACGUCGCCUGGGACUGGCGAGGGCCCCGCCGGGGACGGCGGCCGCGGCACGCCGGGUCCCGGUGACGGGGCCGGCGCCGCUGCUUCACAGGCGCAGGCCAGCACCAGCUGGUCCGGCCUCGUCGACUACCUCAUCAAGUCAGAGCUGCAGAAGUGGCAUGGAUCGCCGUCGAGCUCGCCGGGGCUGUGCGUGCCCUCCGGCCCGAGUCCGUCUUCCCGUCACUUCUCCCCCUCGCUGGGCGGCGGAGGUGCCGGCGGGAGUGGUGGAGGCGGAGGUGGCGGCGGAGGCGGUGGAGGCGGCGGAGGUGGCGGCAGCGGUGGGCACCGCGGCGCGGGUACCGGCACGCUGCUGCUGUGUGAGGUGUGCGGAGACCUGGCGUCGGGCAUCCACUACGGAGUGUACGCCUGCGAGGGAUGCAAGGGGUUUUUCCGGCGCACGGUGAGCACGCAGGUGCAGUACGAGACGUGUCAGAUGAACUGCGUCAUCCAGAAGACCAACCGCAACCGCUGCCAGUUCUGCCGCUUCCAGAAGUGCCUCUCCGUCGGCAUGUCCCGCGACCCUUCUCGCCGGGGUCGGGCCCCCCAAGCGGCCAAGGUGCGUCCGCUAACGCGGCCUUCGAGCAGGAGCCCCCACCGGCCCCUCGCUGGGCAGGCCCUGGGAGAGGAGAUCACAGAGUUCGGGACCUAUGAGACCAAACCCUUGCCGCUGUUGACGGCACGUUCGACGCUGGCCGACAUGCUCACCUCGUCCACGCUCUCCACCUCGUCGGGAGGAAACCGCACAGCCGCCUCCUCGUCGCCGGCACCCAUGUGGGAUGGGCCCCGUUCCGCCUCCCCCGUGUGCCUCGACCUGCGGCAGCACCUCCCAGCGCCGCGCCGCUCUCCUCCGCGCCCGUGGGACGGCCGCUCGUGCGGCCCAGCCGCCGACGCCCCGUCGCGCUGCCGUGCCUUCGACCUGCACCCGCACCGCGACCUGCACGACGCCUACGACGGCCUGGAGCCGGCGGACGACGACGGCGGCGACGACGACGACCUCGACGUCGGGGGGGUCGGCAGCGGCGGCGGGGUCAACGCUCGCGAGGAAGUGGACGCUUGCGGCAGGGCCGGCCCCGGCGGGCUGCGCGCCGCGGAGGCCCUGCGCGUGCUGGCGCGGCACACGCAGGAGGUGUGGCCCGUGUCGCGAGGGUCCGCGCCGGCAGAGGCUCGCGCACGCCCGCCCGGCGCCGCUCAGCACGCGCCCAACGCUCGCGACGAGCUGCGGCGCGCGGCCCGCGAUCUGCAGCGCUUCGCGAGCCAGCAGGACGUGCUGCUCAAGGGCGCGCUCUACGACUGCAGCCAGGGCCAGCCGGCCGACGCGGCCCGCCUGGUGCACGAGGCCCGGGACCUCCUGCGCUGCGUCCGCGAUGGCCUUCGUGCGCGCCUCGACGCGGUCGCCGACGGCCUGGACGCAGCGACGGCCGGGCCGCAUGGCGGCGGAGCGGAGGGGGCGGCGGAGGGGUCCGCGCCGGCCUGCGCCAGCCCCGCGUCGCCCGAGUGGAGGCUCUCUUCCGAGCUGGGCGCGGCCGAGAGGGGGCGCAUGCUCUAGCGGUGCCGGGCGUGCCAUUCGUUGACGAGCGACCGGAUAAAUAGCCGGUGGUGGCCCAGCGGCAGCAAAGAGUCGACGUUUGUCAAAUGGAUCGAGCCGAUGUUGUUAAGUGAAAGGCACGACAAGCAAAAAAUAUUAAUUAUAAUCGAGGAUUAUAGGAUUUUUUUUUUACUGCCAACGUGAAAGUUGUUGACAUACCUGGCUGCCGCAUCCUGAAGAGGUUGAAGCACGUGUUUUUUUUGGUUAAAUCGCGGUGCUUGGCAUCAACGAUGUUUGUCGACAUUUGUUCGACGUUGGCAAGCGAGUGACCCCGGCGAGUUCCCUGCCGCUGCCGUGUUUGCUCCCCCAUUCCCCCCCGCCCCCCCCCCCCCCCCACCUCGCUGAUUUGAUGGUCGUGGCUUCGCAGUCCUUUUGGCCGCGAUGGCCGGUACGCAGGGUGCUAAGCGAUGUGGGGAUGAAAGAUAUCCUUGGCUCUCGUUGUUUUUUUUAUAUCCCUGGGACUGCAGUUGUCUUCCCCGGGAAGGAUAAAUGUAUCCUUCGCUGGAUAAGAGAUGUUGCCUAGAAGGGUAAAACACCAAUUAUCAUGUUGCGUAAGAAUUGUUAUAAUUAUUUUUAUUCCUCCGACCUCGGCAUCUCUGGUACCCCCAGCCCUCUCGGCUCAAGUCUUACCUUCUCACGCAUCUCCGUAUCCUCUCCCUCCCCCUUUCACUGGCGGUGUUUCGCAGGGGUUGGUUCAGGGCCCCUAACUAUUCCUUCUGUGUAUUUCGCCCCUUGAAUCUAAUAUCUCCUCUUUCUGCUUUACUCGCCAAAUUAUUUGCUGAUGACACCCAAAUCUUCUCCUUUUCCCUCUUGUAUCCCUGACCUUUCCUCUCGUAUCUCCAACCUCUUGCCUGGCUGCCAUCCAAUCCUGGACGCCGCUUCACUCUCAAUCCGUUCAAAACAUAAAUCGUUUUCCCACCGGCCUCUCCCUCUCCUCCUCCCGUCCCUACUAUCUCCUUCCCUGCUCUCUCCUGCCUCCUCUCUCCUCACCCUCCGUGUCGUCUUCCCUCGCCUCCUCCACCCACUGCCCCCUUCGUCCGUUCAACGUCAGGAAAAGCUGCCCUCGUUUCACUUUCUGCCGCCAAACUCCGGGCUCGCGCUCCGAUCUUUACCCGGUCCGGAUGACUGCAAUUCCCUUCUUCUCCGUCUCACUGUCUCGUCCCUCACUAACCCCUCCAACAAUUCAAAAUCCUUCUGCGCAAAGUUAUUUUCAAUCUCCCCUUUUUUAAUUAUCACACUUCGUUUCUCCGUCAUACCCAGUGGCUUCCCAUUUACUACACCGCUGUCUUUUUAAAUACCUGAUACAGGUAGUCCUCUACUUACGAUGGAGAUGCGUUAUGACGACCCCAUCGUAAGUCAAAAAUAUCGUAAGUCGAGAUGGAGUCUUAAAGAAUGGUGAUAAUUUAGCAAAACAGAGCAAUUUACAGUACCGUACUGUAUAAACUAUAUACUGUAAGUAUUUAUUCAUUACAAUACUGUAUUGCACAGUAAAAUUAAAGUAAAAAAAGUUAAAUUCUUAGCCUACCUAUAUGAACUGCAAUUUAAUAGAAAGUUUUUUCAGGAAACAAUCCUACCUGCUAUAAAAGGUGGGAGAUGCGUACAUCCUGGCAGCGUCCCAACGUACAGUAUUGUACCUCGUACGCUGCUGCGUGUUCCUGCCGCGUGAAAUGUUAAAUAUUUUACAAUUUUGUAUCGCCAUCGUAAGAUCUAAAUAUCGUAAGUCGGACCAUCGUAACUCGGGGACUAUCUGUAGUUAGGAAACACAAAUAUGAUCUGAUCAUGAGUUUGAUACACGAUGAGCUGCACUGGCUACCUAUGAAAUACAGGAUUGCGUAUAAAUUAUGCCUACUCGUUUUUAAGAGUCUCCAAUUUGCUCCAUCCUCUCUCGCCGAUCAGUGCGUAUCAGCUUCAACGGACCCAAAUCCACUCCGACUACAAUCCGCGGUUCGCGGCGACCUGCUGCUGUACCCCACCGCGCGAUGCGGCCGGCGCAGUGUCCCUGGCCCAGCGACGCUGAAACACGCUGCAGCUCACGCUCGGGAUCCAGCCCCGAGUCUGAGCCAGUUCUGCAAGAGACUCAAAACGGUGUUGCUGCUGUUGUUUCAGAGACGACUUCAAUGUGUGAUCAAUGUGUGAUCAGUAUGUGAUGGAAGUGUGAUCGAUGCGCAUUCGUGAUGGACUGAACUCAUAAGAGUGCGCGAUAACAAAUGUUCUUACUUUAAAUCUCUCCAUGGCCUUGCCCCACCUCA